CAGUAAGUUUACUUAUUGAUCCGGUUGUAGAGAUGGGUGAGGAGGUAGUGAGAGAUGUAGGGAGUAACUCAGUUGAAUUCAAUUCUCAAUCAGCGGUGGUGGAUUCGUCCCCUAAAAGUCCAUUUGGCCAAAUAACUAGUCCCAUGAAAAAAGCUUUUGCAAGCAUGCAAAGUCACCUUGAAGAAGUCGGCCAUUUCACCAAGCUUGACCCUCAAGAUGAUUGGCUUCCUAUUACUGAGUCCAGGAAUGGAAACGCUUACCACUCCGCGUUUCACACGCUGAGUUCUGGUAUCGGGUUUCAAGCCCUGCUUCUUCCGUACGCCUUCACUACCCUCGGUUGGGUCUGGGGCAUUAUCUGUCUCUCCCUGAUUUUCACUUGGCAACUAUACACGUUAUGGCUUCUGAUCCACCUUCAUGAAUCCGAAUCUGGGAUACGUUACAGCAGAUACUUGCGACUAUCCAUGGCGGCUUUUGGAGAAAAGCUAGGGAAAGUGCUGGCAUUAUUUCCAAUUAUGUACCUAUCAGGGGGCACGUGCGUGGCACUAAUCAUGACAUCAGGUGAGACUAUCAAAAUAUUCUUCCAAAUCGUGUGCGGUGAAACCCCUUUGACCACCAUAGAGUGGUAUGUCUUAUUCACUUGCACAGCCAUUGUUAUUGCUCAACUCCCCAACUUGAAUUCAAUUGCUGGAGUUUCCUUAAUCGGAGCUCUCUCUGGCAUCACUUACUGCACCCUUCUAUGGCUGCUCUCCGUCAUUCACGGCAGACCCAACAGUGUGUCUUAUGACCCUCCCGGGGACGUUCUCUCUAUGCCUACCCUCAACGCACUUGGUAUCGUAGUCUUCGCCUUCAGAGGCCAUAACCUUGUUCUCGAGAUACAGGGGACUAUGCCCUCCAGUGCACACCACCCAUCUCGCGUACCAAUGUGGAGAGGAGUUAAGUUAGCGUAUCUGAUAAUCGCCAUCUGCAUUUUCCCCCUCGCAAUUGCUGGCUAUUGGGCUUACGGCAAUUUGAUACCAGCCAAUGGAGGGAUGUUAAAUGCGUUGUAUUACUAUCAUAAAAAUGACACAUCGAAACUCCUUAUAGCCUUAACAAGCCUGCUCCUUGUAAUUAACUGCCUCAGUACAUUUCAGAUAUAUGCUAUGCCAGUGUUCGACAAUCUGGAAUCCAGAUUCACUAGCAAAUGGAAAAGGCCAUGUCCCCGAUGGCUACGUUCCACAAUCAGGGCCUUUUUUGGAUGCCUUGCAUUCCUUAUAGCAGUUGCAUUGCCAUUCUUGCCAAGCUUGGCAGGACUGCUUGGAGGGAUUGCAUUACCGAUCACCUUAGCAUAUCCAUCUUUCAUGUGGAUCAACCUCAAGAAACCUCAUAAAUACGGUUCAAAUUGGUGUCUCAAUUGGGCACUGGGGAUCCUUGGGAUGAUUAUCAGCAUUUUAGUGGUUGCUGGAGCAAUAUGGAGUAUAGUCCUCAUUGGGUUACCAAUUCACUUCUUCAAGCCUCUCUAACCACAAGAUAUGAAAUGGAAAGGGACUACAAAGUAUGUCAUCAGACUUCUCGUGUACCAAACUGCUUACCUCUUAAAAAUUGAAGGAACCAACGAUUGUGAAAGAUGGCAGUACCACUUUAAACGAUUUUCUUAACCCACACUACCUUAAACUGCAACGAUAAUUGCAUUAUCUGAAAUCAAUGUCAUUGGUUUAUAAUAUAGAAUGUAUGUCAUCUGCAGAUACACUAAUAUUAAAUAUACACACACAUAAGGCAAUAAACACAAUGACAGUCCCCAUAAUAUCUGCUCAAAGGCCAACUGGUGAUCAAUUCUAUCAAAAAUCUGCAAUGAUCAAUGCCAAAAUUUCACCAAUCAUGAACAAACAUCUGAGAAUAACC